AAAACUGGGAGGCUGGGUAUAUAAAAGGGCUUGGGUGGCAGGACCAGAGGCAUCCAGCAUCCAGACUUCAGGGAGACCAGCAGACCACCGCUAUCUAUCAAGCCUAGCCCACAAACAAUGUCCAAAAUGGGCAGGAUUGUCUUUUACGAGGAUAAGAACUUCCAGGGCCGUCGUUAUGAGUGUGACAGCGACUGCACCGACUUCCAUUCCUACCUGAGCCGCUGUAACUCCAUCCGUGUGGAGAGUGGAGCCUGGGUGGUGUACGAGAGGCCCAACUACAUGGGCUACCAGUAUGUUCUGACCAGGGGAGAGUACCCUGAAUACCUGCGCUGGAUGGGCCUCAACGACCGCCUCAGCUCCUGCAAGAUGAUCCACUUUUCCUGUGGGACCCAGUACAAGAUGCAGCUGUAUGAGAAGGAUGACUUCGCGGGCCAGGCCUUCGAGGCCACCGAGGACUGCCCCUCAGUCCUGGAGAAGUACCGUUGGAGGGAGGUGUACUCCUGCAAGGUCCUGGAUGGCUGGUGGGUCUUCUACGAGCACCCCAACUACCGCGGACGCCAGUACUUCCUGGAGAAGGGAGAGUACAGGAAGCCUGGGGACUGGGGUGCAGUCAGCCCCACUGUCCAGUCCUUCAGACGCUUCACUGAGUGAUCCUCCUGACCAUAACAACACCAACCUCAACACCAACCUCAACCUCAAACCCAACCUCACUACUAUCAUACGUAAUAUGCAUAAUAUGGACUUUGAAUAACCCUAAUACUUCUUGAUUUUGAAUAACGCCUAUCCUAUUACUUUGAGUCCUUUGAUUGUGACUUUACUGAGGUCUUUCUCCUGAAAUUAAAACUUGGCUGGUAAGCAGA